AUGAAGAUCUUCUUCAAUGCUAGACCAAGAUCGUUUAUACUAGUUUCAAAUGAUUAUGCCUUAACAUUACAAUACAUUUCAACAACUAGACAAUGUUUGAUCCAAUACACUCCAGUGUCAACUACAGAUUUUACAAAUUAUCAAGAAAGUACCAAUCUACAUUAUUAUGGUCUUGCUGGUGUGUUGGAGAUUAAAGGUUAUGUGUUUUUUUGUGUUAUAACUGAUCAAACACAAAUUGGUAGUCCAAGACCAUCUGAAGUUAUUUACAAGGUUAAAGAUGUGGAAUUUUACUGUUUAAACUCUUUGGAGUUUGAUAAUUUGACUUUAAACAGAUAUAGUUCUGAAUCAAAUAGAGAACGUUAUGAAAAUGAACAUCCAUGUUCCAAAAUUAGAAAAUUAUUAACUUUAGGUUUCUAUUAUUCAAGAGAUUUUGAUUUAACAAAUAAUUUACAAGAAAGAAGUCUGAAUCAUGAUGUUAAUCAAAUGUUUACAAAUUAUGAUAAGAGAUUCCUAUGGAAUAUUUUCAUGAUUCAAGAAUUAUUAAAUUUUAGAAGUCGUAUCCUAAGUUCUGAAAGAUAUUAUUUAGAUAGAAGUGAAUUCCUUACUUUUUUGGUUAGAGGUUUUGCUAAAACUUUCAAUACAGAAGUUGGUGGUGAAAGCUCAUUAAUAACUGUGAUUUCAAGAAUAUCAAGUGCUAAGACAAGUGGUCCAUUUGGUCUGACAGGUUGUGAUGAAGAUGGAUUUGUUUCAAAUUAUAUUGAAUCUGAAAUCUUGUUAUAUAACAAGACUUAUUUCUUUGCAUACACUCAAGUUAGAGGUAAUGUCCCCAUAUUUUUCGAAUUAGAAAAUGCAUUAUUAUCAAAUAAAAGAAUAAAUUUCCCUAAAAGUGAUGAAAUGAAUGAAGUUGCAUUUGAUAAACAUAUGGAUUCAGUGUUAAUGAAACAUAAUAAUAUUUAUGUUAUUAAUGGAUUGAAAAGCAAGACAAAUGAAGAAGCAUUAAGUAGUAGAUAUAGAGCAUUGCUUAGGAAAAAGGGAUUCCCAACUUUUAAUAUUGAUCUUUCAAGAGAUCAAUUGAAAAAUUCACCACAUAAAUUAUCAUAUCAAUUAAAAGAUGCUAUAUUAGAAAUUGGUGCUUUAUGUUAUGAUGUUAAAAAGAAAGUUUAUGUUGGUAAACAAUUAGGUAUUUUCCGUAUAAAUACUCUUAAUUCAAUUGAAAAACCUGGUUUAAUGGAAAAAAUUAUAAGUUUAGAUGUUUUAAAUUUAUCAUUAAAAGAAAUGGGUAUACCAUCAUCAAAUGAUUUAUUAACUAAACAUAAUUUAGUUUGGGAUGAAAAUAAUGCAGCAUUAAUGACAAUUUAUGAAAAAUCUUCAAGAAGACAUGGUAAAAAGGCAUUUGAAGGUAUUUCAAAUAAUCCAGUUACAUUACAUGAUCCAAUUCAUGAUUAUAUAUCUACAGAAUUAACAAGAAGAAGGAAAGAAUAUUCAUCAAGUACCAAGAUUUCCAUAUUUUCAGGGAGUUUUAAUGUUAAUGCAGAAAUGUCUGAACAAGAUAUUACACAAUGGAUUUUCCCUAAUGAUGAUACAAAUUGUGAUAUAGUUGUUAUUGGUAUUGAGGAAAUUGUGGAAUUAACAACAAGUAAAAUGCUGGUGACAGAUAUAAUUAAAAGAACAUUUUGGGAAAAUAAAAUUAAAAAAACUUUAAAUACAAGAGAUAAAUAUUCAUUAGUUUGGUCAUCACAAUUAGGUGGUAUUGUAUUAAUAUUAUUUGUUAAAGAUGAUAAAUUAGGUAAUAUUAAAGAAAUUGAUGGAAGUUUUAAAAAAACAGGAUUUGGUGGUAUGUCUGCAAAUAAAGGUGGUAUUGCAGUUAGUUUCCUUUAUUCAUCAACAAGAUUUUGUUUCCUUGUUGCACAUUUAGCUGCAGGUUUAGAAAAUGUUGAACAAAGACAUAGUGAUUAUAAAGCUAUAGCUAAAAAUAUUAGAUUUGCUCGUAAUAGAAGUAUUAAAGAUCAUGAUGCAAUAAUUUGGGUUGGAGAUUUUAAUUAUAGAAUUUUAUUAACAAAUGAACAAGUUAAACAAGCUAUUGAACUUGAGGAUUAUAAUUUCUUGUUUGAACAUGAUCAAUUAAGUAAUCAAAUGAUUGCAGGUGAAUCAUUCCCAUAUUUUAAUGAAAUGGAAAUUAAAUUCCCACCAACUUAUAAAUUUGAUAAAGGUACUAAGACAUAUGAUACUUCAGAAAAAUUAAGAAUUCCAGCAUGGACAGAUCGUGUAUUAAGUCGUGGUGCAAUAUUACAACAAUUAUCAUAUGGAUCAGCACCAGAUGUUACAUUUUCAGAUCAUAGACCAGUAUUUGGUAUAUUUGAGGCAAAAGUUACAAUAAUUGAUGAAAUUUUACAACAAAAUUUAACUAAAACAUUAUAUGAAAAAAGAAAAUUAGAAAUUGGUAAACAAGGUGGUAUAUCACAAAUUUUAAAUAAUGCAGCAACCCAAGCUCAAUUAUUUCCAUCAAAUACAAUUAAUUCAAAUAAUAAUCAAAAUAAUAAUAAUCAAGUUAAUAAUCAAAAUAAUAAUGAUUUUAAUAAUAGUACAUCACAUGGAUUACCACCACCAAGUUCUGAUAAAAGUAAAUGGUGGAUCGAGGGAGGACAAUCAGUUAAAGUUGAUUUAGAUAUAAAUGAUGAUGAAGUUGUAAUAAAUCCUAAUCGUCCUUCAAAUCCUUUUGAACCAACAAAUGAACCAGAUUUUAUAUUGAGAUGA